UCUGUGGUGAGAAUGUCUGGACGUGGCAAAGGCGGAAAGGGCCUGGGGAAAGGGGGCGCCAAGCGCCACCGUAAAGUCUUGCGCGACAACAUUCAAGGUAUCACCAAGCCGGCUAUCCGCCGCUUGGCUCGCCGCGGUGGCGUGAAGCGCAUCUCCGGGCUGAUUUACGAGGAGACUCGCGGUGUUCUGAAGGUGUUCCUGGAGAACGUGAUUCGAGAUGCCGUGACUUACACCGAACACGCCAAGAGGAAGACCGUCACUGCCAUGGACGUGGUGUACGCCUUGAAACGCCAGGGCCGCACUCUGUACGGCUUUGGGGGCUAAGUCUUGCUGGAGAGCGCAACAGCGACAACAAAACCUAAAAGGUCCUUUUAAGGGCCACCCA